GGGGGAAAGGAAACAAAACCCACAUCAAUAACAGUGGCAGAGUGAGUGGACGGGCUUGGUCAGAGUUAAUAGAAAAGCAGAAUGAGACGCUCCUCCGCUCGGAUCAUGCAAGCAUUGGGUUAUUUGGAGGAGAAAAAGACCGUUUGACAUCACACCCAAGUAAAAAGAAACAUGUGGAGAAGCCUCAUAAUCUCUCUUGUAGUUUCCUUGGCACUGGGAGCAGAGGUGUCCGAGUCUCAGGAUGCAGAGUCCUUGAACUUGGUUGAUAUUACAGAGGAGCUGCAGGAGAAUUUCACAGACAUAUCCACUGCUCUUGGAGAUGCAAGGAGACAGAUCUUGGCAGCUCAGUUUGAGUGCUACUUGAAGAUAAUCCAUGAUCCUCCUCGAACAGAAGAAGGCUCUUACUGUAACCGUACGUGGGAUGGCUGGAUGUGUUGGGGGGAUUCAGCUCCAGGGACUGCCAUGCAGAUGUGCCCCACUUACUUUCAUGACUUUGAUCCUGGUGAAAAAGUCACCAAAGUGUGUAAUCCUGAUGGCCAGUGGUUCCACCACCCAGAAAGCAACAGAGUGUGGUCUAACUACACACAAUGUCAGGUCCACACUAAAGACAAACUCAAGUUUGCAAUCAGUCUCUACUACUUGGCUGUGGUGGGUCAUGGUCUUUCUAUUGUUUCCUUAAUCAUAAGUCUGAUCAUCUUCUCCUACUUAAACAGCCUAAGCUGCCAAAGAAUUUCCCUCCACAAGAACAUGUUUCUCUCCUUCAUCUUGAACUCUAUCAUUACCAUAAUGUGGCUGUCAGUCACUGUGGCCAACAACGAAACCAUAAGUGCUAGCAACCCUGUGAGCUGCAAAAUCCUGGCCGUACUGACUCAGUACACAUCUACUUCUAACUACUUCUGGAUGCUGUGUGAGGGCAUCUACCUUCACACGCUCAUCAUAGUGGCCGUCUUUGUUGGUGAACAGCAACUCUUUUGGUACUAUAUCCUGGGAUGGGGUUUCCCUAUUGUUCCUGCCAUCACAUAUGCUGUUGCGCGUGGGCUCUUUUAUAACGACAUGUGUUGGAUCAGCUCAAACACAAACCUUCUCUACAUUACACAAGGGCCUAUCCAAGCUGCACUGCUUGUGAACCUUUUCUUUCUCCUGAAUAUCGUCCGAGUUUUGAUCACCAAGUUGAAAAAGACUCACUGCGCCGAGUCUACAGCCUACAUGAAGGCAGUGAGAGCUACCCUCAUCCUAAUCCCUCUGCUGGGAGUCCCGUUCAUCCUUUGGCCAUGGAGGCCAGAGGAACGUAUCAGCCAGGCCAUCUAUGAUUUCUUCAUGAACAUCUUCUCUAACUUCCAGGGACUCCUGGUGGCAAUUAUAUUCUGUUUCUGCAACGCUGAGGCCCAAACAGCACUGCAGAGGAAGUGGGUUCAGUGGAAAUCAGCCUGGGGCAAAACUGGCUGGGGAGAAGCACCGAUCAGUAGCAACCCCUUUAACUACCACACCAACUCCUCCAUUGUUGAAACCAGCCGUGCCACGGUCAGUUUAGAGCAACCUGCAGCGGGAACGUCUUUGGAGCAAAAGGAAAAAAGCUACCUCCUGGCCAUGGUGAAACACAAAGCCAACGGGCAGGACAAGACCAGCAAGAAAAGCACCAAUGGGCAGGUGGACAUUCAUAAUAUGAUGGAGACCACUGGCAUCUGAAUGGAUGCCGAGCAGAGUUGAUGGGUGUGCUGCCAAACACACACGUUGCAAACAUGACAGCCCCUAGUGACUGGGCCUUAUAUGUAUAUAAAUAAUAUCUGAAGCACAAUAAAGCACAUGAUGACACUCACACAUAUUUACAGACUGCAUCUGUAUUUGGACUUGGAAGAAUGGAUAUAAAACUCACUUGUUAUCAUGUCAUAAUUUCCUCUUAAGUGUUCAAAUUUCUUCUUAAUAUCUUUUUAAAAUUUCUUCUUAAGAUGUAAUUAAGUCUACUUAUGUAUUUCAGUCAUAUAUUUUUUUGUUUUGUUUUGAUUGUCUUUUUAGUCACUUUAUAUAUUUUCCUGCAGAUUUAGAAAAAGAAAGGUGUCAAUCCUAAACCUGGCAUUUUGAUACACACACAUGUUUGUGCAGUCUGUUGCCUUGUGGAACCUCUGAAUGCUUUAUUCAUGCACCACUCUGACCAAUGAAUGUCAUAGGCCCCUAAUGUGAUUGCACAUUUUCUGUUACAAGCUUUAAAGAAAGGGAAAACAAAUCCUCAUCAGGUGUUUAGAAAAAAAAAGUAGAGUUGUUUUUCAGACUAUAUUCAACACUUCAAUGAGGAAAAAGAUAUAUAUAUAUAUAUAUAUAUAUAUAUAUAUAUAUAUAUAUGGCUUUCUCCAUGACAUGACCAGAAAUAGAGUCUAUUGUUUGGAGGGUAAAAUGACCAAAUGGUCUUGAACAUACCUGCUUAACCUUGUGGUGUUUUGCUCUAAUUCAUAAUUUGAAGGCAAAUACAGUAACUACAUAUUAGGUCAAAACUGUUAAGACUAAAAUUUGGCACUAUUAUUAUUCUAUCUUUAUUUUAAAGAAACAGUUUUUAGGUUUUAGUGACAUCUACUAAUUGCAAAUUGCAGAAAACUGUUUUUGCUACCUUUAAAUAUGUUUCAAACAUACAUAUUAUUCUCUGAUGAGGUCUAAGAACCACUUUCCAGCAUUUCCUCAUAAAGAAAUAGUGGAAAAUAUGGUGAAAACAUAUGUACAGGAAACUGCAAAAAUUGGAUUCUCUUUUCCAACUGGAUGAUUUGCCUCCUGCUGGCUAUUAAAGUGAAUGCAGAUUUAGGUCAUCCCUGUCUUUUUACUAUAUAGAGUAGCCUACUCAGUUGGGGAUUUGAGAGGACAGCAGCUGAGGCAUUGCACCAAAUAACCACCUAAAAAACAAAUACCCACCUACACAAACACUAAAUGCAGCUGUAAAAAUGUUUAAAUAUCAAUAAAUUAAUAAUAUGUUAAAAUGAAAUGAAAUAUUUCUAAACAUAACAACUGCUGGUAAACAAAUCUUUUUAUUGUUAUUGUAAACCCGUUCUUGUAGCGCACAUGCAAAUAUAAAGCCAGCUACAUCUUAACUCUCUCAUGUUUAUUUUAACAAAACAAUUUAAGGUUUCUGUACUUUUGUUACCAAUAAUUGAUCAAAUUCUGCAUCUCAGACAGAAAAAGAGAAACUACGUCAUGAGUGAGAGCUUUAUUUGCUGACAGAGCAUUCUCCACUGGCAAGAAAAUGAGUUGCUAACAUUUGGUGCUAGCUUGUAUUAGCAUGCUUUGUUAGCUGCUGACACACACUAAUGCAUGAUGGUUUAUUUUUACUAAUAUGGUGUACAGAUUCCAUACAGCACUUUUAGUUUACCGUGUGAAAUGGGGUGCACAUUAUUGAAGAUACAAACAAAUCUUCAAAAUGGCUGACUAUGCAAAGUGAACUCGUGAACAAAUGGAAAUGAGAAUUCAGUCUGAGGCUACAUUGUCUUGUGUCCUCCAUUCUCUCCCCCCUGAUAAUAGUUCUUUUUUUGCCAUUUUUGAAGGACUUCUAAUAAAAAAGGAGGCUUCUUCUUAAGAAUCUGUGCAUCUUCACUUGUAGAGAGCUUGUUUUGUUGCUGGUUGAAAAUGCUCAGAAGAAACCUUUUUUUUUGUUUCUUUGUUUUGGUUUUUCCACCUUUGCAUCUCCUCCUCAUAUCACUCUCUCGCUUCCUUGUUGGAAACACGAGGAAGUGAUUUGUUAAUGUAAUGAAGCACACCACAUGGUCUAUGCUUAUCCAUAGACUGUGUGGUGUGUAUUUCUCUGUAAAAAUGGAUCCGUCUCUUUCAGGCACAUGCAAAGGAAAAUUUUCGAUAGUGACAUUUAAUUUCUUUUGUACGUAUUUCUCUUUGUCUUGUUGUAAAAUAAGAUUUUUUUAACUAUUUUUAAAUGAGCUCAUUAAUCUAAAGCCUAUAAUUUAGAUCAAACUGGGAGCAUAUUUACAGUAAAAUAACAGAGUUUGGUCACAAAAAUCAUCAGUUUGAUUUGGUCAAGAUAGCAAGAAAACAUACCUGAUUUGAUAUUGAAUAAACUACGAUGAAAGCGGUUUAUGUUUUGUCAUACAAAGAUAAUGUUGAGUGAAACAAAACAAUGGCGAUCAGAAUACAAUUCUCGGAUUUUCCAUCCUUAAGAAACAAUUACAGAAAAACAUGUACAUGAAUGAAUGUGCAAUUCAUUUCAAAUUGGAUCUCAUUCAAACUGUUUUUAAAAUGGUGUUCAGCUUUAAAAUUCAGGAAACUAAAUAAGUAGAGACUGCAGGGAUUUUAACAUUAAUAAUAAAGCUCAUGUACAACAUACUCAGAAGCACUAUGGCCUAUGGAAUAGUAUAUAUGUAUACACAUAUAUAUAGAUAUAUGUAUGUAUAGAUAUAAUAUUUCAGACUUGUGUAUCUUGUGUAUGAAAAAAAUAGAUGCACAGGUCUGUUUUGUCUGGUUUAAAGUAUAGUCUUAGACAAAUCAAGAUUGUGCAAGGUUUUUUUAAUAAAAUGUUGGAAAAUAUUUUUUUCAAUAAAUCCAUUUCACAAAGGAGACAAUGUAAAUAUAAAAACAAUUUAUUUGUUACAGUUGCCCUGUGGCUUUUCACUGUUUUUGUUGCUGUGGCUAUUUUGUUGAGGUUUGUGUAAUUGUUUCAAAAUGUUUUUUGUCCACAUGCAAAAAUAUGAUUUACUGCCACUUUACAGAGAUAUGAUUUAAUACUCCUUCAAUUUCACAUAUAACACUGUAUUUACGUUGGCAGGCUGCAGUACAAGGACUUUUGUCUCCACUUGAAUACCAAGAAGAUAUUUUUAAAGCAAGGAGGUUGCAGAGUUUGUUGUAUUUUCAAAAUAGCACAUAUAAAAUACAAAUGUUCACAGUGCACUGAUCUAUGGUUGUGUUAGUAAGAAAACUUUGUGAAAGAAAAGUAUUUCAUUAGUUAACUUUGGCCAAAACUGUGCGGUAAAGAAACAGAUUUCAUGGUCAUAUUUGUGAAAAGAUUUGAGACACAUUCCAAUAAACCAUUCAAAGAAAUGCUCAAAUGAGGUUUUUGAUGGUUGUAUUUUAACAUUACCAAUAAUGCGUGGAAAUAAAGUUCAAA